AUGUCUGAAGAGCAGAGCAAGUAACGAUUUGCGUAUACGGCACCAAAACAAAUUUUAGAAGAAGCUGCACAAAUUGGUGAAGACAAUUAAACAAGAAAGUAAAAUUUAGACAAAGUUGAAGAAAAGUUCAAGUACAAGCAAAAGAACCGCUAGUUGAGUCCAGAAAGAAAAGAUGUUUUCAAUGAUUAAGGAGGUGAGAAUGGGAGAACAUAUGCAGAAAUCAUGAUCUAAUAGGACUUGGAGAAUUCCAGAUCUGAAAUUGAAAAUAAAAUCAAAAAGACAGAAACAUUAAAUAAAGAGGAAAAAAAAUUGGUCAAAUAAUAAGUGAAGGUGGAAUAAAAUGUUGCUUAAUAAAUAAAAUAGGAAAGAUCUGAAUGGGAAUAAGAAAGCAAAGAUGUUUCUAAAAAGCCUUAAAAAUGGGAAACCCCAUCAAGAGGUAUUUUUAAAUAGUUCAUUAAUAUUUAGAUGGUCCAUAAUCCUCUGCAAGAGCCUCCAGAUGGGAUAAUACUAAUAAAUUAUAAGCAACUCCAGGUCGAGCAGGAACAGUAUUUGGAGAAACACCAACACCAGGACAUAUGGAAAUUGGAGAUACCCCAUAUAAAUAUGGAGAAACCCCCACUCCUAAUCGUUCUUAUAUUAAAGCCAGAUGGGGAGAAAGAACACCAUUAGCAGGUCAAUCCGGAUUUGGAGGAGGUAUGACACCUCAUACACCAGGAACUGUAAUGAGGACACCUAUGACUCCAGGAUAAUUAGGAAAUAUGACUCCGGAUAGAGUAUAUUAAUUCAGAUUGGAGAAAGAAAUGGAAGAGAGAAAUAAAUAUAUGACAGAUGAGGAAUUAAAUAGUAUUUUACCAGGUCCAAAGGAUGGUUAUGAAGUAAUGAUAAAUUAAUAAAAUAGAUAUUAAAAGCACCUGAAAAUUAUAAACCAUUGAAAUCAUCUUUAAAGAAAUUACUAAAUGCAAAAAAUAGUAUUGAAUCUCCAGUUCAAUAUCAAAUACCAGAAUCUAUUCGUAUAGAGGUUUCAGCAACUCCAUCUCAUCCUACUAUAGGUCAAUUACCAGCAAUUAAACCAGAAGAAUAUAAUUUAUUCUCAGCUUUAUUACAACCAAUUAAUGAAGAUGAAUUGACUCCAGAAUAAGCAAAAGAAAGAAAAAUUAUGGCUUUACUUUUGAAAAUAAAGAAUGGAACUCCUUAAAUGAGAAAGUCUGCUUUAAGACAAAUCACUUAAAGUGCAAGAGAAUUUGGACCUGCUCCAUUAUUCAAUUAGAUCUUACCAUUGUUAAUGUCUCCCACAUUAGAAGAUUAAGAGAGACAUCUAUUGGUAAAAGUAAUAGAUAGAGUUCUAUUUAAAUUGGAUGAUUUGGUUAGGCCAUAUGUACAUAAGAUAUUAGUUGUUAUCUAACCAUUGUUAAUUCAUGAAGAUUACUAUGCUAGAGUAGAAGCAAGAGAAAUCAUAUCCAAUUUAGCUAAAGCAGCUGGUUUAGCAACUAUGAUUACUACAAUGAGACCUGAUAUAGAUCAUAAUGAUGAUUACGUCCGAAAUACAACUGCCAGAGCAUUUGCUAUUGUGGCUUCAGCUUUGGGUAUUCCAGCAUUGUUGCCAUUUUUAAAGGCUGUUUGCUAGAGUAGAAAGAGCUGGUAGGCAAGACAUACUGGUAUUAAAAUAGUACAAUAAAUCAGUAUUUUUAUGGGUUGUGCUAUUUUGCCUCAUCUGAAAUCACUAGUUGAAAUUAUAUAACAUGGAUUAAAAGAUGAAUAAUAAAAAGUAAAAACAAUUACAGCUUUAGCAUUAGCUGCUUUGGCGGAAGCCUCCUUUCCAUAUGGUAUUGAAGCAUUUGAUAAUGUGCUUAUUCCUUUAUGGGAGGGCAUUAAAACUCAUAAGGGUAAAGGAUUAGCAGCAUUUUUAAAAGCGAUAGGAUUCAUUAUUCCAUUAAUGGAUGUAGAACAUGCAACAGAGUAUGUUAAAGCAAUUGUUCCUAUAUUGAAAAACUAAUUUGAAAUAUAGGAAGAAGAAAUGAAGAAGAUUGUAUUAAUGGUAAUAAAAUAAUGCAUAUAAUGUGCAGGUAUAGAGGCUGUUUAUGUAAGAGAUCAAAUAAUGCCUGAAUUUUUCAAAUAUUAUUGGAGUAAAAGAACAGCCACAGACAGAAGAAAUUAUAGAUAAAUGGUUGAAACUACAUGUGAAAUAGCUGCUAAAGUAGGAGCAGCAGAAAUUUUAGAAAGAAUUGUAGGUGAUUUAAAAGAUGAAAAUGAAUCAUUUAGAAAAAUGGUUGUAGAAACUAUAGAAAAAUUCAUAAAUUAAUUAGGAGUAUCAGAUAUAGAUUAAAAAUUGGAAAAUAGAUUAAUGGAUGGUGUAUUAUGGGCAUUUAAUGAAUAAUAAAGUGAAGAUACAUAAACAAUGCUUAGUGGAUUUGGAUCUAUUAUUAAUGCAUUUGGUAGUCGAUCUAAACCUUAUUUCAGUUAAUUAGGUGGUGUUUUAUAAUGGAGAUUAUCUAAUAAAUCACCAAGAGUUAGAUAAUAAGCAGCUGAUUUAAUUGGUAAAAUAGCAGUUUGCAUGAAAAAUUGUUAAGAAGAAGCAAGAUUAGGAAGAUUAGGCUAAUUAUUAUUUGAAUGUCUAGGUGAGGAAUAUCCAGAAGUUUUGGGAUCUAUCUUAGGUGGAUUAAAGGCAAUAGUCAAUGUAAUUGGAAUGAAUAAGAUGUCACCUCCUAUUAAAGAUUUAUUACCAAGAUUAACACCCAUCUUAAAGAAUAGACAUGAAAAGGUUUAAGAAAAUUGCAUUGAUUUAGUUGGUAGAAUUGCAGAUAGAGGACCAGAACAUGUUUCUCCAAAAGAAUGGAUUAGAAUAUGUUUUGAUUUGUUGGAUUUAUUGAAGGCUCAUAAAAAAGGAAUAAGAAGAGCAACUAUAAAUACAUUUGGUUAUAUUGCCAAAGCUAUAGGACCAUAAGAUGUCUUAUCUACUCUUUUAAAUAAUCUUAAAGUUUAAGAAAGAUAACUUCGUGUUUGUACAACUGUAGCAAUUGCAAUUGUGGCAGAAACAUGUGGUCCUUUUACUGUUUUACCUGCUUUAAUGAAUGAAUAUAGAGUUAGAGAAUUAAAUGUUCAAAAUGGUGUUUUAAAAUCAUUAUCAUUUAUGUUUGAAUAUAUAGGUCCAACAGCAUAUUCUUAUAUUAAUUCAGUUAUUCCAUUAUUAAUUGAUGCCUUGACUGAUAGAGAUCUUGUUCAUAGAUAAACUGCUUCAUCAGCUGUUAAACAUUUAGCUCUUGGUGUAUAAUGUUUAGGAUGUGAAGAAUAACUUAUGCAUUUAUUGAAUCAUGUUUGGCCAAAUAUUUUUGAAACAUCACCUCAUGUUAUUAAUGCUGUUAUGGAAGCAAUAGAAGGGAUGAGAGUCAGUCUUGGACCAGGAAAUAUUUUACUCUAUGCAUUAUAAGGCCUUUAUCAUCCUGCAAGAAGAGUAAUAUUAUAUAAUUAAUUAUUAGGUGAGAUUAAUAUAUUGGAGAAUUUAUAACAUGAUAUAUGUUGGCAGUUCUGAUGCUUGUGUCGCAUUCUACCCAACCUUUCCUAAUGAUCAGUAUAAUUCUUAUGAUAAAUACGAAUUAAAUCUAACAUUAUGAGUGUU